AUGUCCAGUAUGAGAGCCAAGGGAGAGAUCGCGAUGCGCGAUCUAAUUGUCGAACUCCAGAACGCCAACUCUCCCUACACCGUCAAGCGCUUUAUCAGCAGUGGAAGCUAUGGGGCCGUUUGCGCGGGUACGGAUAGCGAGGGCCGGCCAGUGGCCAUCAAGCGCGUUUUUGAUACCGUGUCGGAAGGUCAUAACGUGAACAUAUUGUCCGACUCUUUUCUAUGCAAACGGGUUCUUCGCGAGAUUCGUCUGUUGAACCAUUUCCACCACCCGAAUAUUCUGGGCCUACGGGACAUUUUUGUCGACCUGAAGGGUACCAACCAACACAAGCUCUAUCUCGUGACCGAGUUGAUGCACAGCGACCUCGCGCAGGUGAUUCACGACAUGCGUAUUCAAAUCUCCCCGCAGCACAUCCAAUUUUUUAUGUACCACAUCCUUUUGGGCCUGCACGUUCUCCACGAGGCCGGUGUGGUGCACCGUGAUUUGCAUCCCGGGAAUAUUCUGCUUUCCGAGAACAACGACAUCACCAUCUGCGAUUUCAACCUCGCCCGGGAGGAUACGGCGGAUACCAACAAAACGCACUACGUCACCCACCGCUGGUACCGCGCGCCGGAGCUGGUGAUGCAGUUUAAGGGCUUCACCAAGUCGGUGGAUUUGUGGUCCGCCGGCUGCGUGAUGGCGGAGCUUUUCAACCGCAAGGCCCUAUUUCGCGGCUCCACCUUCUACAACCAACUCAACAAGAUCGUGGAGGUUGUCGGGACCCCGAAUAUGGAGGAGGUGGUGUCUUUUUCGUCACCUUCGGCAAGGGAGUACCUGCAUAACUCGCUUUCGAACCUGCACCCACGGGCAUGGCAUGAGAUCAUCCCAACCGCCUGCCCCAUGGCGCUUGAUCUGAUCGCGAAGAUGCUCGAGUUCAAUCCGAACAAGCGAAUCAACGCGGAGCAGGCCUUACAGCAUCCGUAUUUUAUCCCUCUUUAUGAUCCGCUUGACCCUCGCGAAGGCCUUAGCCCGCAUUUUCAUUUUGACGAAAGCAUCGAGGACGUCAGCGAGAUGCAUGCGAUCUUUUUGGAGGAGCUCGAGCGGUUUAAUGCGCUGCGGGGAAAACGAAAUUUGGCGACCCGGGAGCGCGCCGCCGGGCAGGCCGAAAACGCCAUCAGCGCCGACCACGUCCCGCGCACGCACAGCCUGAUGGAGGUAAUGGGGAAUGUCAACCGAUAA